UUCGGCCCUACGCUGCCUGCUGCUAGACCUCUUCCUGCCCGCCACCUCAGUCAUCGACGCCCGCUCGCACCGACGCUCUACGCUUCCUAUACUCGUAGCUCUACACCUAGCCGAACUACGAUCAUCCUACAUACCGGGACCUCAAACGCUUCGUACCUAUAUACCAAUUGAAUCCUUCGGGUAGCGAGCAACGCGUCGGGAUGCGCGCCUUUCACAGAAACGCGGCCGCCACCGCCACCGCCGCUGCGGCCUCCGGCCAACGUUUCGUGCCCCAGUAACGGCCAGAACAAGGACGACGAUUUUCGGCCCGGCUCUCGACGCCCAGUCAGUGUACCGGAGUUAUUUCACCGCUCGAGACGAGGCACCACGUGUCUCUGUCAUUCAUUCCUCGUUGCGGAGGAUCGCGGUUAAGAAUCGUCGACAAACUGGAAAAGAUUUGUGUUAACGUGAAGAGUGGACGGUCAACGUCAACGAGUGUCAUGGAGUCGGUCAGGGACUUGAAGAGGAUCCUGUACGAGAGAACGGAGGCCCUUCGACGGAGAGACGAGGCCGUCGAGGCCCUUGAGAAGGCCCUCGAUGAGCGAGACGACACUAUUCGGUAUCUCCAGAAUGAGAUCGACAAGUUUCGACAGAUCGUCGAGUAUAGCAUGUCCUCUGGGCCCCUCAGGCCUGGGCAGAGGCCCAAAAGACAGGCCAUCUCCGCCGAACCCAUAAGGAAAGACUCCAGGCCCAUUGCCAAGUUCAGCAAACCCCAAAGGUCACGCGAACUGAUCAAGGCUGCGAUUUUGGACAAUGACUUUAUGAAGAAUCUGGAGCUCACCCAGAUCCGGGAGAUCGUUGACUGCAUGUACCCCGUCACAUUUCCGGCUGGAUCGGUGAUCAUACGCGAAGGAGAUGUCGGUUCCAUCGUCUUCGUCAUGGAGGAGGGCAAGGUCGAAGUAUCGAGAGAUGGGAAAUACCUCAGUACACUGGCGCCGGUUAAAGUCCUCGGUGAAUUGGCAAUUUUAUACAAUUGUAAAAGAACAGCCACCAUAACAGCUGCGACCGACUGCCAAUUGUGGGCCAUUGAUCGUCAAUGCUUCCAGACUAUCAUGAUGAGGACUGGACUUUCUCGCCAAACCGAAUACACCGACUUCCUCAAGAGCGUUCCCAUCUUCAAAAACCUGCCCGAAGAAACCCUCAUAAAAAUCUCAGACGUUUUAGAAGAGACUUUCUACAAUAACGGAGAUUACAUAAUCAGACAAGGUGCAAGAGGCGAUACGUUCUUUAUCAUAAGUAGAGGGCAGGUGCGCGUCACGAUUAAACAACCUGAUACCACUGAGGAAAAGUUUAUUCGAACCUUGAGCAAGGGUGAUUUCUUUGGAGAAAAAGCUUUGCAGGGGGACGAUCUUAGGACUGCCAAUAUUAUAGCUGAUGACCCAGAUGGUGUGAGCUGCUUAGUUAUAGAUCAGGAAACAUUCAAACAACUAAUUUCCUCUUUAGACGAAAUUAAAACUAGAUACAGGGAUGAGCUGGUAGUACGCAGAAGGCUCAACGAGGAAUUCAGAGAUUUGCGGUUGCAAGAUUUACGUCCAUUGGCGACUCUUGGUGUUGGUGGUUUUGGCAGAGUAGAACUGGUACAAAUUGCCGGCGACAAUAGCCGGUCGUUCGCGUUGAAGCAAAUGAAAAAGUCACAAAUCGUAGAAACUCGUCAACAACAGCACAUUAUGUCUGAAAAAAAAAUUAUGGGAGAGGCUGACUGUGACUUUGUGGUCAAAUUGUUCAAAACCUUUAAAGAUAGGAAAUACUUGUACAUGCUAAUGGAGGCUUGCCUUGGCGGAGAAUUGUGGACGGUAUUAAGGGACAAAGGACAUUUUGAUGAUAGCACUACCAGAUUCUACACAGCAUGUGUUGUGGAAGCUUUCGAUUAUCUUCAUUCGCGGAAUAUUAUCUACAGAGAUCUCAAGCCUGAAAAUCUUCUCUUGGAUAGCCAGGGAUAUGUCAAAUUAGUAGACUUUGGUUUUGCCAAGCAUUUGGAUAACGGAAAAAAAACCUGGACGUUCUGUGGCACUCCAGAAUAUGUUGCGCCGGAAGUAAUUCUCAACAAAGGACAUGACAUCAGUGCAGAUUAUUGGUCCCUUGGAGUUCUGAUGUACGAACUCUUAACAGGCACACCACCGUUCACGGGAGCCGAUCCCAUGAAGACCUACAACAUAAUAUUAAAAGGAAUAGAUGCCAUAGAAUUCCCAAGGUCUAUUACACGGAAUGCAACUGCCCUAAUAAAAAAACUGUGCAGGGAUAAUCCUGCAGAACGCCUGGGAUAUCAAAAGGGUGGUAUUAGCGAAAUACAAAAGCAUAAGUGGUUCGAUGGCUUCAAUUGGGAAGGAUUGCGCGCAAGAACACUGGAGCCUCCAAUCAUGCCUCGAGUUCGCAAUGCAACAGACACUACAAACUUUGACGAAUAUCCACCAGAUUCGGAUCCGCCACCUCUUGAUGACGUUUCGGGGUGGGAUAAUGAUUUCUAACCCAAACUCCAUGAAUAGCCAGAAGGCUCUCUAUACAGCUGUUUACCCAUCACUCGGAUGACCGCGUGGUUGGCAGAGUAUAUUUUUAUAAUUAAUUAUAACUAUUGAUGACUUGCCUCGAGUAUUUUUUGCAAAUAUCUCAUGGCAGGUUUGACACUAAAGAACAGCAAUUGGACGGAUUAACUUCGAUCGCUUUGGUGUGAAUGCUGUAUCAGGUAGAAUAAAACUUGCCACGGUCACUUCUCUCAUAGCUAUUCCCUAGACGGCAACGCCUUAAGAACUCUACAGGAUCUAGGUAUCUCAUUUUUGAAAUUAACUGCAGAUGAUGGUAAUAUCAUUGAUCGAUGCGACAUCUCUGUGGCGGCAGCUUUUACGAUGAGUUUUACUGUACAAGGGUCCAUAGAUAUUUACGAGAAUUGAGUAAUUGCAUUUGAAAAAAAUUGUAUUCUUUUAUACGUCCAAGUUUAGUCUUUUGAGUAUUUUUUCUUUUUCGCCAAAAAAAUUUAAUUGCGCAUGUUACAAGUAAUUGAAUUUGGAAUUUAGAAGUUGUAGCUUUAAAAUCUGCUGUAUUCUCGUCAAUUUUCAUGUGAUCGAAAAAGAAAAAAAAAUUACCCGAUUAUUUUUGGUUUCUCUGCUCAAUACGCCUUCAAUAUUUUUUCAUGCAAAUUAGACUCGAUUGAAGGUUAUCAGUUAGUGUCCAAUUAGGGAUGAGAGUGACUCAGAAUAUAGUGGAAUAUUAGAAAAGGAUAGUUUGCGAAAAAGACUUUGAUAUCAGCACAAGUCCGGGUGAGAAUCCAAUCGUAAUUGGCUAUGCGGUCUGAUGAAUGUCUAGAAAGCUUGCUGCUAUAUUGUAAUAUGCAGAUUAGUUCCUUCAUUAAAUAAGUGACAAAAAGGAAUUAUAGGAAGACGAUGAUGAGGAAAAGAACCAGUUCCUUAUUUAUCAUGUUCAAAACUACCACCCAGAAAGUAGGAAACGUUGAUACACUCGAC